AUGUCCGCUUCUCCGACUUUCAGUUUUGCUUCCUGUUUUUCUCCCCAGUCAGCUUCAACUUAUAUGGUAACGUCGCAUCUACAUUCAUCCUCCGAUGAAGACGAAAUUGCCUCAUUACCUUCCGUUUCCGCCUCUGAUUCUUCGCUAGAAGGGGGCUUCAGCGAUGGGGAUGAUGAGUCCGAUGCCGAAACGGAGUGGAAGGAAAGUAUACAGCAGUUAGAAUUACUUCUCACUAUGGUGAUUAUACCGUUUGUCGGCAAGUAUUUGGGAAGGAAAUGUGCUUAUUUGGGAUGGGCGAAAAUGAUGGAAUGGAAGUACCCAGUGGAAGUUGUUGUCCAGAAUAAGGCUGUUUCACGCGCUGCUGGAGUUAUUGAAGCUCAGGCUUCUCUGUGA